GAAGCGGAGGUGUGCACCCGCCGCGGCGGACUGGUGGGCGAGCGGGCGGAUCGAGCAGGCCAGGCUCCCUCUCCUACGUGGGGCACCAUGGACGACGCCAGCAGCUCCGCGGGCAGCGGAGGCUUCCGCCCCGGCGUGGACAGCCUGGACGAGCCGCCCAACAGUCGCAUCUUCCUAGUGAUCAGCAAGUACACGCCCGAGUCGGUGCUGCGGGAGCGCUUCUCUCCCUUCGGAGACAUCCAGGACAUCUGGGUGGUGCGCGACAAACACACCAAGGAGUCCAAGGGCGUCGCCUUCAUCAAGUUCGCCCGCAGCUCACAGGCCUGCCGGGCUAUGGAGGAGAUGCACGGGCAGUGCCUUGGCCCCUACAAAACCAAGCCCAUCAAGGUUUUCAUUGCUCAGUCCCGAUCAUCAGGAAGUCACAGAGAUGUGGAAGAUGAAGAACUCACAAGAAUCUUUGUUAUGAUACCAAAGUCCUAUACAGAAGAAGACCUGCGGGAAAAAUUUAAGGUGUACGGUGACAUUGAGUACUGCAGCAUCAUUAAGAACAAGGCCACGGGAGAGAGCAAAGGGCUGGGCUAUGUGCGCUACCUGAAGCCGUCCCAAGCUGCCCAGGCAAUAGAAAACUGUGAUAAAAGUUUCAGAGCACUCUUGGCUGAACCUAAAAAUAAAGUAUCCGAGUCCUCGGAGCAAGAUUAUUACAGUAGCAUGAGGCAGGAGGCUCUGGGCCAUGAACCGAGAGUAAACCUGUUUCCCUUCGUUGGAGAACAACAGUCUGAAUUUUCAAGCUUUGACAAGAGUGACGGCGGCCAGGAAGCUGUUUCUAAGCGACUGUCGGUUGUGUCGCGUGUCCCCUUCACAGAAGAGCAGCUCUUCAGCAUUUUUGACAUAGUCCCAGGCCUGGAGUAUUGUGAGGUUCAGCGAGAUCCUUACUCAAAUUAUGGUCAUGGUGUGGUUCAGUAUUUUAAUGUAGCAUCUGCUAUUUAUGCAAAAUACAAAUUGCACGGAUUCCAGUACCCCCCUGGGAAUCGGCUAGGGGUCUCCUUCCUGGAUGACGGGAGUAACGCGGCAGAUCUCAUCAGAAAAAUGGCCGCCCAGAUGGUGACGUCACAGCUCACGUCAAUGGUGUGGAGUGACCCAAGUCAGCAGCAGUUUCUGCAGUUUGGAGGAAGUUCUGGGUCACAGGUGCCACAAAUCCAGACAGAUGUUGCACUUCCGUCGUGCAAAAAGAAAGCCCCUCCCGAAACGCCCGUGAAAGAGAGACUUUUUAUCGUGUUUAAUCCUCAUCCUUUGCCAUUAGACGUGUUGGAGGAUAUAUUCUGCCGUUUUGGUAACCUGAUCGAAGUUUACCUUGUGUCGGGAAAAAACGUGGGCUACGUCAAGUACGCAGAUAGGAUAAGUGCCAACGACGCAAUCACAACCCUGCACGGGAAGAUUCUGAACGGGGUCAGACUGAAAGUCAUGCUGGCCGAUUCCCCACGGGAAGAACCCAAAAAGAGGCAGAGAACUUACUGAGUCUUGAAGGAGUAACUCAGGAGCACAUGGACCCCGGGAACUAAAGGUAUGGCGUGGCUAGAGAGUCCGACAGAAGUGUGGGGGUAAAAUGUGAAGCUGCGGUUUUCCCUGCCAGGCUCCUACUGUGAGCUGAGCAGAGGUGAUUGACGGCUGCAUUUGCUCCUGAGGAUGAGAAACGAACAUGCUCAGAGAAAAUGCAUGUGUGCUUUGAAAAUGCACAGUCCCUGCCAGUCCCUCUGAGCGGCUGCCCCAGAAAAGGGAAUUCUGAGGUCACCCAGUAGGAACUGAAGGCUGCAUGUCAAGGUCUAUGGACCUAGCAGAGAUGCAGGCUAACCAGGGCCACAACAGAGUAGCGUUUGUAAAAACUGCCUACCUGACCAUACCGCUGCAAGCUCGGGAGAAGGAAGACUUGAGGGGUUAUUUUAAGAAAAUGGUUGUGUUUGAGAUAUAAAACUCUGUGACAAGGUAAGUACUGCUGCCCACAAAAACUGGGGAAAUACUGAGCACAGACAAUGGAAGUGACUAUUCACAGACACCCCGCAGAGUUGGUGUUCUGUGAAUUCUCUGCCGCUGUAAGCAGUGUGUAGCUAAACGAUUUUCUCAUGUAGAACCUGCACAUUGGGCACAGCCUCCAGCAGCUAGAUUAGAUUGUUAGGGUGUUUGUUCUCUUGUGUUUAUUUUUUAAUGCUGUAAAAAGAAUUAAAGUUGUAUACUUCAGUCAUUUACCAACUUAUUCCAAGGUGUGAUUUAUCAAAAUAUAACCUUUCUUUUUUUAACCUUUUAUCUUAAAAAUAAAUCCUGCUGUGUUCAGCUGUGACGCUAGAAAGUAGCGUUCCUGUUCUUACUGCGGGUCAGAAAGGCUUCUUUCUUUACCAUGCUAGUAAACGGCUCACUAAAGAAUAGAGUGCCGCAUGACAUUUGGGGGACGGUGGAAGAAAAACAAGUCACAAACUCUAGCUGAUAGGAUCGACGUCAGGAAGAGCCUAAGGUAGUGCAGAGUGCACUGGGUGGUUGACCUGCCUUGGCAAGUAACACGGUUCCACCAAUAUGUCAGAAAGAACUGGAAGCUGCCUCCGCUCUCAUUACGAAUGCCCUCUGAGGGUUCCCCCACCAUCAGGUACCAUCUCGGCUGGAGUCUCCGUUGGAAAUCCUGCUUGUCUCGUCACUUCUAUCGUAAUUCUGGGCUUCCAGGCAAUAAGGUUCCGUGUGAGAUGUUUGAUGUAAUCGGGUUUCUCACCCAACCAGGACUUCCCCUGUAGUAAACUCCAAAGAAGGCUCCCACAGAAAAGGGUCACAGUUGCUGCCCUGCCAUGCCCCUGCCAUCCUGAGAGACGUGCAGUGUGCCCACCGCAGUGCCUGGCCUCUGCCCAACAGCUCAGCCUUUUAGAGCUUGCUGAUGUUGGAAUCUUCCGGUGACCCCAAGAGCAGGUCUUCUCACCUGUUUUCCCAUCUCUUACAAAUAGACGAUAAUUAGCAAUGUAGACACAAGUACUGCCAUCCUGUGCUCCUCCCAGUGGACCACGAAACACUCAGUACAAACAAAACCAAGUUCCUGUCAAGCAGAGAAAGUUGGUGAUAGUGGAAACCAGAAGGAAUCUCUGCUGCUCCGGGCAGUAAAGGAUGAGACCUCCAAGUGACUCAGUCAGAUGUACAUGUCAGCAGCUCGUCACUGAAACAUGUCGCUGCUGUGUGACGAUGCGUGUGAGAAGGCCAUGCUAGUCCUUUGGGAUACCUGUUGAAAAUUCCAGGACAGAAAGAGCAAAGCCCCAGCUAUAAAGCCAAAUCCACCAAGAACGGAGGCUAUGAAGUCUUUUUCAGGGGCUGGCUUCUGCAUCUGUGCUUAAACACUCGUCUGGGAUAUGAGGCCCUAAAUCAACCCCUAGGAUUUCAAAAAUAAGUUACAGCAAUAAAAAAUUGCUUUUCAGAGGCUGGAGGAAUGGCUUAGCUGUUAAGAGCACUGUCUGCUCUUCCAAAGGUCCUGAGUUCAAUUCCCAGCAACCACAUGGUGGCUCACAACCAUAUGUAAUGAGGUCUGGUGCCUUCUUCUUGCCUGCAGGCAUACAUGCGGACAGAACACUGUAAAUAAAUAUUUUUAAAAAUCUUUAAAAGAUUGCUUUUCAGAAUGAUAUGAAGUGCUGGUGAGCCUCAAAGGAAGUUGGAGGUGGGUGCUACCCUUCGGAGCUAUCUUUAUCAGUAGACUGUGCUUAAUAACCUUCCAUCGAAAGGAUUCUAACCCAAAAUCACCAGGAAAACUAAGCUCUAAAACACCCUCAGGCCCUUGGUGCUUCCAUGUAUCCAACCACUGGGGAGGAUAGCGAAUUUGUAAUCCCUGCACCCGAGGGGAGUUUGAGGCCAGGCUGAGCUGCAUCUGCAAAAACAACAGAAAACCUCCUCCACUGGUUACAGUGAGAGGAACCAUGGCGAGGAAACUGAUUGCAGAUUGAUUUCUUGAUUAAUAGAUAUUCCCACCGAAGAUAAGAAAUUGCCAGAAGUCUGAGGUAGAGUCACACUGUACAGACCAGACUGUCCUUCGACUUAGAUCCUCCAGUCCCAGUCUACCCACUGUUGGAGCCACUGGUGCUGCUACCAUGCAUGCCCUCUUACCGGUUUUAGAAGAAUUCCUGGUGAUCGAAGGCCAAAGCUGGGCCUUGCGGCUCAUGCCUCUAAUCACAGCGCUUGGGACAGAGGCAGUACUCACAAGCCAGUAUGUUGCCUCCAUAGUGAGUUCCGAGCCAGCCAGGGCUGUAUAGCAAGACCCCAUACUCCACAUGCGCUAUUCUAGAAGAGGAAGAGUGGCAAGAGGGAACUCACAGCCCCAUUACAAAGAUUGAAAGAGGGUGGUGGACAGGAGCUGUGGGGUGAGCAGGCAGGACGGCUCCACAGAUAGAAAGAGACCUGAGCCGGGCGGUGGUGGCGCACGCCUUUAAUCCCAGCACUCGGGAGGCAGAGGCAGGCGGAUCUCUGUGAGUUCGAGGCCAGCCUGGUCUACAAGAGCUAGUUCCAGGACAGGAACCAAAAGCUUCAGAGAAACCCUGUCUCGAAAAAUAAAAAAAAAAGAAAGAAAGAAAGAGACCUGAGUUCACAGUGGGUGAGAGAGCUAAUUCCAGAAGGUACUCUGUAUUCCUUAGGCAUGUCGGGGCACAUGUCACACACACAGACGGCAGAAUUUAAUGUUUUUAAUUUUAAAAGAACUGUGAAAAAUCUUGAGGGUUUAUUCUCUGCAAAGUGACAAGUUGGCCUGCUGUUUAAGCAGCUGAAGACCCAAGACUCCUGUGUCAGAGACACAGGGAUUAAUCUCCCUAGUGCCAUCAGCAGCAUGGCUUCAUGUUUUUCACGGCGUUCUCUUCUCCUCUUAGGGUGAGGAAAGGAAGGCCAGAUAACAGGCUAUGCAUGUUGCAAACUUGUAUCAGAGCCAAGGAAAAGAAGGUCAGAUACAGGCUAUGCAUGUUGCAAACUUGUAUCAGAACCAAGGAAAAUGGGUUGAGGGCCGGAAAUCCUUAUAAAAGUCUGUAACUUGACUUGUCCCUUUGCUCUGAAAGGAUAGAUUAUCUUUACGAUGUUGAACAACCAAUCUAUCUGGUUUUUGCUCCAGAGGGAGCCACUGUCUUUGAGGCUCUUCACUGCCUAACACGUUUGGAAAGAACUGUGCUUUGUUGGCAAGGCAAGCAAAGCAGAGACCCAUCCUCUAGUCUCCAGUGGUAGGGCACAAGUCCUGGCUUUUUCUAGAGGGUGGGUGAGUUUGAAGAAAGGAUCUCACUGUGUAGUGCUGACUGUACUGGAGCUCACUGUGUAGACGGGGCUGGUCUUGAACUCAGAGAUUUUUUUUGCUUCCUCCUCCAGAGUGCUGGAAUUAAGGGUGUACUCCACUACACCUGGCUUGGUUUUAACUACUGGAUUUUUGAGACAGGAUCCUACUAUGUGUCUUAGCCCUAACAUGAAACUUGUUCUGUAUUCCAGACCAGCCUCAAGUUCUCGGUCCCUCUGCAUCAACCUCCCAAGUCCUGGGACUACAGGUGUGUGCAGCAAAACACAAACAGUAUAUUUAACACAUUAAUAAGAUGCUC